GUCUCUCUUCCCCUUUUCGGAAACACACACACUUCUUCUGAAGAAUUCCAGAAAACUUUUUGCCAUUUCGCGAAAACAAUCCACACAGAAGAAAAUCUCAACGAGCUCGCAGAAGAAUUCUCCGUCUCCGUCUCCGUCUCCGUCUCUCUCCCCGCGAAACUCCCAAUGGGAACUUCUCACAGCCGCGAAGGCGCAGACCUCUCCGACUCCGACGACUACCACUCCGAAACAGAGGAUCGCGACGAAGAAGAAGAGUACGAGGAUGUUCACUACGACGCCGUCGAGCGCCAGGAGACGCCUCAAACGACUUCCUCGAACAGGACGAUCGACGAAAUCGACACCAAAUUGAAAUCUCUGAAGCUCAAAUACGGCGACGCCGCUCAGGGAAGUGGCGAGCGUCGCGUCAAGCUCUACCUCCACUUAGGCGGAAACAGUCCCAAGGCGAAGUGGAUCGUCUCCGAGAAGUCGGCUCCGUACGCCUUCGUGAAGAGCGGCGGCCGCGGAGGGGAGGACGAUGAGGACGAAGGAGGAUCUUCCAGCGGUGGAGGUAAGAACAAUUCGUUCUGGAUUCUCCGGGUCGGUGCGAAAGUUAGGGCUAGGGUUUCGACGGAGAUGCAAUUGAAGAUGUUUGCGGAUCAGAGGAGGGUCGAUUUCGUCGAUAGCGGUGUCUGGGCGUUACGAUUCUCGGCGGACGAGGAGUUCAGGAGAUUCGUUAACGAGUAUCACGAUUGCUUGUUCGAGAAUGUGUACGGGCUUAAGGCGACCGAGGAGAAUAAGGUGAAGGUGUACGGGAAGGAAUUCAUCGGGUGGGCGAAACCGGAAACCGCCGACGAUUCGAUGUGGGAGGAUGCGGACGCCGGAGAGGAGAAGUUCACGCCGUUGCGUGCGAAUCAAGAUUUGAUGGAGGAAUUCGAGGAGGCAGCUAAUGGUGGCGUCCAUAGCUUGACUCUAGGUGCUCUUGACAAUAGUUUCCUUGUCAACGAUCUGGGUGUUCAGGUUUACAGGAACAAUCAGAAGGGCAUCCAUGGCAAGGGCAUUUGUGUGAGCUUUGAUGACAGAAACAGCGGGUCUCGUUUGGCCAAAUCGACCCCGAAGAAGGGGAUGCUAAUGAGAGCUGAGACUAACAUGAUGCUCAUGAGUCCCAUGAAAGACGGGAACCCACAUUCGACAGGGAUCAAACAGCUCGACAUUGAGACAGGGAAGAUUGUGACAGAGUGGAAGUUUGAGAAAGAUGGGACAGAGAUUACAAUGAGGGAUAUUACAAAUGAUAACAAGGGUUCUCAAUUGGAUCCUUCAGAGAGCACAUUCUUGGGAUUGGAUGAUAACAGGUUGUGUCAAUGGGACAUGAGGGAUAAGAGUGGGAUUGUGCAGAACAUCGGUAAAGCCAGCGAUUCACCUGUUCUGCAAUGGAGCGAAGGGCAUCAGUUCUCGAGAGGUACUAAUUUCCAGUGCUUUGCGAGUACCGGUGAUGGAUCCAUUGUUGUUGGCUCACUGGAUGGGAAGAUCAGGCUGUACUCAAGGAGAUCACUGAGACAGGCUAAGACGGCUUUCCCUGGUCUUGGUUCGCCCAUUACUCAUGUGGAUGUUACAUAUGAUGGGAAAUGGGUGCUGGGGACUACUGAUACGUAUUUGAUUCUCAUUUGCACUCUGUUUACCGACAAGGAUGGUAAGACCAAGACCGGAUUCGGUGGUAGAAUGGGGAAUAAAAUACCAGCUCCCAGAUUGUUGAAGUUGAUGCCGCUGGAUUCACAUUCGGCUGGUAGCAACAACAAGUUCCAUGGCGGCCAUUUCUCAUGGGUGACUGAAAACGGUAGGCAAGAGCGCCACAUCGUGGCGACGGUGGGGAAGUUCAGCGUGAUAUGGGACUUCCAGCAGGUGAAGAACAGUGGACACCACUGCUACAAGAAUCAGCAGGGACUGAAGAGCUGUUACUGCUACAAGAUCGUGCUGAAGGACGAGUCGAUCGUGGAGAGCCGGUUCAUGCACGACAACUACGCCUUCAGCAACUCCCCCGAGGCUCCUUUGGUGGUGGCGACGCCGAUGAAGGUCAGCUCCAUUAGCCUCUCCGGCAGUAAGCAGCAGCGGUCACGCGGUUGAGAUGUGUGGUCUCUCUGUGGUUCGUUUUCGUAGUUGUUCGAUUUGUGCAGAGUUUGGUUUUCUGGUUUCGGCUGUAUGCAGGGUUUGAUUUUGCUUCUCAAAACUGAUAUCCCUCGUAAUUCAGAUUUCUGCUUGUACGUAAUGCCAUCGAGAAUCAGUACGGUUUGUGUUCAUUUCCCAUUGUUGUAGUUCAAGUGUGAAUUAUGAUGCUAUAUAUAUUUUUUUUUUCAAUAGAUUACUCUUCAAAAGAGGAAAUCGUUUAGAUACAAAGUCACAGAGUGGAUCAAACAUCUCUCGAACGAAGCCAAGAACAAAAGUCGAACCUCUCUAACAUUUGAGGUGACAAAUUAAGAGCUUUACGGGCCACACAAUAAAUCGCUCUAAUUCGAACUUUUCCCAAGAACUGAACUUGAGAAUUGAUCACCCCAUCCAAAAACCCAAAAUAUCUUGCAGAAUCACCCCAAUCUUGCUAUCAUCCACAUCCCUAGCCAAGCACUUAUCUAUAAUCAACUUGGCAUCACCACCAAAUAAAACACCUUAGCUUAUAGCUGUCGUUGGAAAUAAUAGAUAAGAGAGUCUCUUAACCCCAAAGCCUCAAGCACAUAAGGACCUGAAAUAUCAUCGUAGCGACGAGCAGCAGCUCCAAAGAUAGCACCCAAUGGAUAGAACAAAACAAAACAAAACCAAUGGUUCCAAAUCAUCUCUUAACCCCAAAGCCUCAAGCACAUAAGGACCUGAAAUAUCAUCGUAGCGACGAGCAGCAGCUCCAAAGAUAGCACCCAAUGGAUAGAACAAAACAAAACAAAACCAAUGGUUCCAAAUCCUUGAGUAAAAAUCGCAACAUCAAAGUUUGCUCGCCAAAACGGAGCCUGUUGGAAAAAUUUCAGAUGGGUAGAAGAAGGUGGCGCCAUCCUAUUAGCAGAAGGGAGCAACACAGCCUGCUCGUAUUCUUGAACUUGACGAGACCAUUGAGCAGCCAAAGCAGAGAGAUGUAAUUGCUUUGAUUGGAACACCACCAUUCACCGAUUCUUCCAUAAUCUCCCCGAUAACCAAAUCACCUGUAAAAUGAAGUAAUCGGCCUCGGAACCCGUAGCUUGGCUGAGAGUAUGGCGAAUAAAUCCCACAAAGGACCUUUUCUCUACUUGUUGCCAAAAAAAGCCCGCAGACCCAGCAACCUCCAAAAUUUGCGAGCAACUAAACAAUUGAAGAACAAGUGUUCAAUCGUUUCUUCCUUUCGACCACAAACUGGGCAAUGGGAAUUAAAUCCAUUGAAAGAUGGGCCGGCCCAGUUGAGAUGGGCCGGCAGUUGAGAUGGAUCCCUUGAUCACUCGUAACGUAACCUAUAGCAAUUUCGCGCAUUGAAAGAAUAUAUGAUCUCGAGAUUUCGAAACAUUCAAACAUGAAAGACGGCUCCGACUAAGUCAGGUCUUCCUGUUUGCACUUUAUUAAAGAGUCACAAUCUUAUCCAACCCAGAGUUGUUCUCUGCUUUUGAGUAGCAACGAGACAUUGUUCCUUAUUUUCCAAAUUUCCAUAUAAGAUAAGAGACCGACCUAAUGAAAUGCAAUAGGUUGUUCUUUUGGCUAAUAUAUAAAUUUGGAGUUUGUUCUUCUGUCUUGCAGCAUUUACACAAACAUGAUUACUAGCAGUAACCUCAAUAAUUAGCAAUGCAAAUCCACGUGAAAAUUAUGCAUUUACACGAUUUAUAACUUGAUUUGAUUGAGAUCUCACCGGCUGCUUAAUUCUUCUGCUAUUAUUUUAUGCAAGACUUGCUUACAAAUAGUACGUACUGCAACCCAAUAUCACCUUGCGCGCAUACGAUAAGAUUAAAAAGAACAUUCAGGAGAUUAAAUCUGUAUGAACUCGACAGGUUAAUUAAUUAAAUUCCAAAUGGGGUGUCAUGAUGUCAUCUUAUCUCUUUUUUAAAAAUUGUUAAAAAAGAUUAAAAGACAUAUUCAUAU